GCAUCUCCAGCUGCGUGCGGAUGUAGCGACAUCCUACUAACCUACAUUUCAACCUGAAAGAGGCAAUGGCUGCCAACGGAAGAUUUCCCCAUUGACAUAUAGCCUAAUGAUCUACUGCGACGAAACGGAACAUUAACGUCCAAUAUGAAGAGUAUGGAGCAGGAAUUGCUGUGUCCUGUGUGCAAGGACAUUGUGAAGCAGCCCAUUGUACUUCCCUGCCUGCACAGCGUGUGUCUCAUGUGUGCCUCCGAGGUGCUGGUUCAGAGCGGGUAUCCCCAGCCCGAGCUCCCCCCGGAGCCCAACUCGCCCGCUUCUACCCCCAACAUGCGGUCCCCACGGCAGAUGCGCAGGCCCAUGCCCAAGUCUGACCGCGUGGACCGCCUGUUGCGCUCAGGUUCUGGGACAUACCCAGGCCGCAGGCGAAAGGAAGGCCCUCCACUUGUCAUGCUUUUUCAUUGCGCCCCCUGUGGACGAGAUGUGGAACUAGGUGAGAGAGGAUUGGCUGAGUGCAUGAGGAACCUUACACUGGAGAGAAUUGUGGAAAGGUACAGGCACACAGUGAGUUUGGGCAGUGUGGCUGUGAUGUGUCAGUUCUGUAAACCCCCACAGGCCCUGGAGGCCACUAAAGGCUGUGCUGACUGCAGAGCCAGCUUCUGUAAUGAGUGCUUCAAACUCUACCACCCCUGGGGCACUCCACGCGCCCAGCACGAACAUGUUCAGCCCACCCUCAACUUCAGGCCAAAGGUGUUGACAUGCCCAGAACAUGAUCAGGAGAGGCUGCAGUUUUACUGUAAGUCAUGUCAGAUGCUUCUUUGUUCACUCUGUAAACUGCGUAGAAUUCAUGCGGGUCACAAGAUUGCACCCGUCACCCAAGCCUACCAGACUCUUAAGGACAAGAUCACCAAGGAGCUGAACUACAUCCUGUCCAAUCAGGACAUGGUGAUGACUCAGAUCACACAACUGGAGAAUGCCAUCACUCAAACUGGGGUGAACAGUGUAUCAGCCAAAGAGCAGCUCUCUCACUGCGUGAAGGAGAUAAUGGUGUUACUAACCGAGCGGCAGACAAUGCUGGCCCAGGCUUUGGAAAGCUCUCGGCAGAGAAGGGCAGAGGCUUUGGCCAAUCAGGUGGCUGAAAAACGGAGCUUGCUGGAACACGCCGGCUUGAUGGCUUUCACUCAAGAGCUGCUCAAAGAAAAUGACCCAUCGAGCUUUGUGCACGCAGCCAGAAUAACACACAACAGACUGGCCCAAUCAAUUGAAUCUGUGCAGCGUUUCUCUCUUUCUGCUGAUCCUUCGUUCCGUCACUUUCAGCUUGAUGUUUCCAGAGAGCUCAAACUCCUCACAGACCUGAACUUCAUUCAGGCCCCUCUUGCUCCUGUGAUUGACACCCAGCGAACCCUUGCCUAUGACCAGCUCUUCUUGUGUUGGCGGUUGCCUCAAGACUCCACUCCUGCCUGGCAUUACUCUGUGGAAUUCCGGCGGCGGGGGGUGGUGCCAGGGGGCGGGGCAAGAGGGGGUAUUCGCGGGGGAUUGGCUGCUGCUCGUUGGGGCUGGCAGAGAUUGGAGGAGGUGACCGGGACCUGUGCGGUGAUUGACAGGCUGGAGAUGGACAGUGUGUAUGUGUUGAGGGUGAGAGGCUGCAACAAGGCUGGCUUCGGUGAAUACAGUGAGGAAGUAUAUUUACACACACCACCAGCUCCAGUGUUGAAUUUUUACCUGGACUCUCGUUGGGGUCUGCACGCGGACAGACUGGUGGUGAGUAAGGAGCAGCGGUGUGCUCGUAGUGUGCCUGGUCUCUCCCUGCUGCAGGCCGCCGAUCGGGCCCUUACUUCCUGUCACCUGACAGCGGAUCUGCUUGUGGGUGACGUGGCCAUAACGCAGGGUCGACACUAUUGGGCAUGCUCAGUGGAGCCCGGCUCAUAUCUGGUCAAGGUUGGAGUGGGCCUGGAGUCCAAACUUCAGGAGUGGUUUCAUCUGCCUCAAGAUAUGGCUAGUCCAAGAUAUGAUCCAGACAGCGGCCAUGACAGUGGAGCUGAGGAUUCGUCAGAUUCUCCUCCCCCUUUCUCUUUCCUCACAAUGGGCAUGGGCAAGAUCUACCUGCCCUCCUCUGCCAACUCCCAUCAUGCCAAUGCCAAUUACAGAGAGUCUGGUUUCACUAAUAGUAAUGGGCCUUCAUCACCAGCUGGCGUUACCUAUCCGCUGCCUCCGAGACUAGGAGUGUGUCUGGACUUUGAGAAGGGGCGUGUCACGUUUUACGAUGCCCACUCACUCCGCCCACUAUGGGAGGGGCCUGUGGACUGCUCUGCCCCCGUGUGCCCUGCUUUCUGUUUCAUUGGAGGCGGAGCUCUACAGCUACAGGAGCUGGUUGCUAAUCGUAAUGCAAAUCAAACCCCUGUGAGACGAGUCACUAUUCAAUCACGUGUAACGAAACUGAACUGAACUCUGAUUGAUUAUCAUUUUUAUAAUUCGAUUUUAGAGAUGGAUGUUUUUAAUUGCACCCAAGAUAAAACUCUUCUUAUUUUUCUUUUGGUUUUGAGAGGCCUUUAUUGCUGCACUGCUUGCUGAAUUACUGAUGAAUUAUUAAUUUGCUGAUGCCACCUAUAUACCCAAGAAAACUAUUUAAAAUGCAUAUUCACCUAGAU